AUGCGACGCUGGUGACGUCAGGUGAAGUGCUUUGUGCGCGAAGGUGCAGAUGUUGGCGGUCUGACCAGAGACAAGAAGCAGCUAGAGUUCAAGUUGUUUCUUUAAGCUGAACUGCCUUUGACGCAUCACAAUCAAACGGAUUUCUGACUAAAAUGGCAAACUCCAGUGACUUUCAAGUGAAGGAGCUGAACAAGCGUGCAUCAGGUCAAGCUUUUGAGGUCAUCCUGAGCCCCUCAACUCCAGACACCAAGGUGGAUUUCCCCUUGUCCCCCAAUAAGAAAAAGGAAACAUCACUGGAUGAGAUUAAGAGGAAACUGGAAGCUGCAGAAGAAAGACGCAAGAGCCAUGAGGCAGAAGUGCUGAAACAUCUUGCUGAGAAACGUGAGCACGAGAAGGAGGUCAUACAGAAAGCUAUGGAGGAGAGCUCCAACUUCAGCAAGCUGGCACAGGAGAAACUCAACCAGAAGAUGGAGGCAAACAAAGAGAACCGCUCCGCUCGGAUGGCGGCCCUCAACGAGAAGUUCAAAGAGAAGGACAAAAAGCUCCAAGAGGUGAGGAAGAACAAGGAGUCAAUGAAAGACCCGGAGAAUUAAACUAUUCAUCACAACAGCAGCCUGUACAUGUUCAAAGAUAAGCUACGUUUUUGCAGAAAUCUUCUCCGUAAACUGUCACUGUAGAUGGAAUGAUACCAGUUAAGGAUGGAUGCUAAACAUUUGUAAUCCUCCCGAUUUCUCUUUGGCAGCUGGCUUUACAGUAUCUUAUCUUAUUGUUUUGAUAGAGACAUUUGCUAGAAGUAAAAAUGUUAAUAAGGCUGGAAGUCUGACUAAGAAUGUUUUAUCUUCAGGAUUCCUAUGGGACUGUUGAACAUAUCUGUAUUAGUCAAAAAUAAAUUAUCUUACUUUUAUUUCAUGAUCAACGUCAGUUAUAACUGACCCCAUGUUUCACUUCUUACUGUUGCAUGUCUGUUAAUAAAUAUUUUUGAUACUGCUGA